AGGCGGGAUCGGUGACUGAGCAGCGGACGAACGGUCGGCCGGUCGUGAGGUGAUGGCGGAGCCGGGCUAUCGGCCGGUGUCACGGCGGGACUCCCGCUCCCUGGCCGGUUACAAGCACGCAUGUCACGCCAUGUUGUACGCGGUGGAGCCGGGAAAACUCUUCGGCAAAAUCCCCCUCAGAUACGCCGUUUUGAUGCAGAUGCGGUUCGAUGGGAAGAUCGGUUUCCCGGGCGGGUUUGUGGACCCCCGGGACAGCUCCCUGGAAGAGGGGCUGAACCGUGAACUGUGCGAGGAGUUGGGCUGGGACGGAAAGGGACUGCGAAUCACGGAGGCCGACUACGCCAGCUCCCACGCCACGGAGGCACUGCCUCAGAAGGUGGUGGCCCACUUCUACACAAAGAGAAUCUCCUUGGAGGAGCUGCGCAAGGUGGAAACAUGCGCUGUGCAGGCAAAGGACCACGGGCGUGAGGUAAGGGAGAUUGAACCCGAACCCACAUCCACACCUCCUUCCGUGGUGACGUUAAUGCACAAUCCAAUGUGCCGAAGGGGUUGCAACGUUGUCAGUCAGAUGCAUCAGAUACUACGGUCCUGGGAAUCAUCCGGGUGCCCCUCUACACCCUGCGGGACGGCUUUGGAGGACUGCCGGCCUUCCUGACCAACACCUUCAUCGGCAACGCCAAGGAGCAGCUGGUCGAGGCCCUGCGGAAGCUGAGGCUGCUGAGCGAGCCGGAGCUGCAGGCAGCCAUCUCCGCCAGUCGGGUGGGGUAGAAACCAGGGCGGCGCCGGCUCCUGAGCGAAUGCCUGCUGAUCCCUGGAACCCGCGGGGGGGGGGGGGGGGCACCGCUCCCCACAAAGCCAGGACACAACACUGCAUGUCGUAGCAAACUACAGUGUUCGUAAUGCAGUCGAUUUACCCUUUUUUCUUUAUCUGUCAUGCGCAUGCCACACACGUCCUGGGGCUGGGGGGUGAGUCGUUGCACGGUUUCCGGGGUUUGUAUAUCGUAUGUCACGCGCCACCCUCCCCCAGUCUCUGUUACUACCUGGCAUUGGUUGACUCGGGGGGGUGGGGGCAAGAGCAGCCAGCACGCAACGAUGCCUCCUUGGAAUGUUCAGAGCCCACAAGAGCGGGCAGGUGGCGGUCUCGAUUUAAAGUCUCACCUGCGAGAACACUGACUGCAGCGCCUUCCCUUCCGACGGGGCUCUGUUCCCCAGGCUCCUCCUCACAGCGCGGAGCUCCCUCGUUGCUGCUGUUCUGAAGGUGUGGUGCUCCCUCCCCCCAGCGCGAGUGUUGGCUUCCAUCCCCUUCUGACGGAUCUGUCCCCUACAGAGGUGUUGGUCUACGCUGGUGAAUUGGGAUAAUCAUCGGCACUUUUCUUCGAGUUGCUUGUUGGUGUCUUGCUUGAUUUGGUGUCGCUCUCCCUGCCUGUGUCCCAGUGAGGGUCAGCAGGGCCCCCCUGAGAGCUGGAGGGUCGGUUGUGGUGUUGAGGGGCAUCCUCUCCGUAAGUGGACUGACCGGUGCUUCCGACCCUCUGUCCGGACCCUGGGCUGUGAAGGGCCGGCUUGAAACAUGGUAUCCCCGAGGUGUGGGGCAGUGGGGUGAGAGCAGAGGGCCAAUCAGCUGGCUUUAUCACCUGUUUGGGAAGUGGGUGGUGGUGGAGGGUGGGUGCUACCUGGCAUGGGGCGAUCACCAUGCACGCUGGCCACCAGUGUGAGUGUGAGCCCAGAAUUUGUUACCUUGGUGUCUCUGUGAAAGCAUGAGAGUUGGAAAUAAAAGAUGCACAACGUUGACGCCCUGCUUCACCACGUCUCUUACUAGACAAAGACACAAACACAGCCUGCC